AUGGAUUGGCGGUCCAUUGGUUCGUCGUUUACCCCUUCCCUCGAGGCGAAGGAAAGCCACACAUCGAGCAAGUACCCAUUCGAAGUGGUUAGAGAUGACGUCAAGCCUCCGAAAUACGACAGACAUCAGUAUGUAGUUGGCAUACCUUUGGAAUAUCAGGAAAUAGUUUUGGAUACUUUACAUGAAACUACUCGCAGUGUCACAGGGAAGCGCGAAACUACCAACAGGCCAUUAGCAAUUCCAGAUGUUUAUGUACCAUUAAAUCGAUACUACGGCAAAGGUAGUCGCUUGAGUAGUGACGAUGAGCUUGUCAAAAGAAAAGUUGAGAGCUUCAAGGAGCUGAGCCUGGACCAUAGUGUAACGCCAUCACUAGAUGUUUGGCUCCAGUAUAUCAGGGCAAAGGCCGCAGAGUUGAUUGCUAUAAUGCAACACAAUGAUGAAGGUAUCCCAGAAUGGAUGUUAGCCCGAAUUACUGAGGAGCAAGAGGUAGAGGUUGCCUUACAAAACUGUGAACUUUUGUGCAAGUUAAGCGGCAUCGUGAAACGUACACGCCAACUGGAAUGGCGAGGGAUAAAUGGCAACGAGGCUUUGGCAUACAUGUUUACAAUCGUGUUAUUCUAUAAGAAAUUUGUGAUACCUGAUUUUAACGAUGUGCUAGAUGCUGUAAAGUGGAUCAAAACAUGGUCCAACGACUACAUAAGGAUCAAUGAUCUCAGACACGAAUUACCUGUAGAUUUGCACCAAACCGUAUCAACAGAACCUCUAUACUGGGAAUACAUUUCGGGAGUUGUAAUCCUUGCUAAAAUGCCGCACAACAACUUUCUCAGGGUUGCACAAUUUUUCAUGAAUCAUCUGCACAAAAUGAGCGACAUGGAAUUAUUACGCGACAAAAUUGAAAAGUCUGUAGUUGUGUUACUUACAGAGUGUAUUUUACCCCGUCUUUUCUCCACGGGCCACUAUGCUCUCGGCGUCAACUUGGUCAGACACUGGCUGGCGUACAAUUUGUUUCAUAACAACAGUUGCGCGAACUUUGGCAAUCUCUCCAAGCAUUACCUCCUUCACAGCCUUGCAAUAGUUCAAAGAGAGUGCUGCGUUGACAAGGGGAUGCUCAUGGAUCUGUGUGACGCCGUUGAUUCGAAGUUACUGGAAACCACUAAUGACCGUGUUGAAUUAGGAUACCUUAAACCUCUGGAUUACUGCACUGUGGAACCGAUAGAGAUCGAAAAAUUGCCUAUCUUUCCACUUCGUUUGAGCUCUGUAAACACCAAAGAAUUACUAUUUAGGGUCCUCGAGUUGUUUGGAAGCGAGUCGUUGUAUCGUGUCAGCAGUUGGAGCAAGUGGUACAAUUUCGUCAAGUCUGUGAUGCUAGACACUGAUUCUUCAAAGAAUUUCCGCAUUCUGCUGUUGUUACAUGCCAUAAUUGCACGACCUAGCUCCAAAACCCUUGCAGAUUUGUUAAUACGUGCUUGUAACUCCAAGGACAUAUCAAAAAAAAUUUUGCAUCUCCAUAUGAAUCAUGCUGAGCUCUGGGAAUCGUAUGCCAGUUCCACUACAAAUAUAUCUGAUGCACAGGGAGUAUAUAAGGAAGCCAUUGAGGUUUUCCCAGAUUACUACCCACUAUUAGUUUCAUGGGUUAUAUUUAGCUUGGAACACGCGCAUGACAGCCUUGAGGAAGCCGUCAGAUCUCUUAGGAGUCGAUUAAAUAUGCAUCAACAUGACAAUUCUACUGUUACGGACAAUGCAGACGAUUAUGACGACAUAUUGCGUCUGAUGAUACCUUCACAUGUUUGUGCAGCUGCCAUCGCCUGGACAUUGUCGAACAAACAUGUGCUGCACGAAAGCCAUUACAGAGCAGUAUGGAGGAAAAUGGUGGAACCAUUAAAUGAAUGUGAGAUGACUCAACUGCUAAAAGUUGUGUGCCACUCGGUUCCCCCGAAGUCGGCACAGAAACUUGCGGAUUUUAUAGUUAGUGUCUACGGCAAUAACGAAAUUAUAGUUGCUCUGUAUGUUACCUACAGCAUUUCCAAGGGGAAUAAGCCGGCUAUAAAGCGGCUGUUGACUAGGGAGCACACCAUACCCCUAAUUUCACUCGCCAGCAGACACAUUGAGCGUUUCGCAUCUUACGCUCGAGGGGCGGGUGUAUACGAUUGUACCUCAAGGCUAAUGCUUUUGAGUAGAUCGGAAACGGGUGUAUGUGCAUUGAGGUCAAUAAUUGAGGGCCCAAUGCCUUUUAAUGUGCCCAAGGUUAGAGUGUUGCUGUACAUUUUAGCGAACACACCGAAGACAUGCGACCGAAUUCAGCUCGUAAGCAAAAAUUGCGCCUUCUCGAAAGCAUUGUGGUUAAUCCUCGUCAAACAUCUCCCGGCAUCUAGCGAAAUUAUGAUUGAAGAAAUGAGAUCGUAUGGAGUCAUGGUAUAA